CCUCCAUCGGAAAUACACCGAAUUAGGUACAUACCUAUCUUCUACAUAGAGUCUCGUAUUCAUUAUAACUGCAAUGUCCAACUCGACGGGCGAGGCCAAAAGAGGUCACACCCGGCAAGACACGGCUCUCAUGCACGGCCUGUCUACUACAGAAGUGCAGAAAGUAUGGGAGGCCUGCGAUGAGGCGAAGUCCCGGGCAUAUUGCCCGUAUUCCAACUUCCGAGUCGGCUGCUCUGUCCUCUUGACAAAUGGAGACAUUGUACAAGGGGCGAACGUCGAGAAUGCCGCGUAUCCUGUGGGAACGUGUGCGGAGAGAGUUGCCUUGGGCGCUGCAGUCGUUCAGGGUGCCAAGAAGGGCGACAUUCGUGCUCUAGCAAUCGCGACAGACAUUACGCCUCCGGCUAGCCCAUGUGGCAUGUGCAGGCAAUUCAUCAGGGAGUUUUGUGAGCAAAACAUGCCCAUCCUCUUGUACGACAAGGAUGGUAGAUUGGUGGUCAUGACUCUGGCUCAGCUUCUCCCCCUAUCUUUCGGUCCGGAAGCUCUUGCAACGACGGAUGAACUUGCUGUUCCGCGGUAGGCCGUAUGCUAUGAAGCAUCUGAGACGGCUCUUGGAUAUCACUGGCUACGUAUGUCGCACACACUGCUGGCGAGGAGGUGGAACGAUCCUGCCCGCCUUGACCUGGAAACAAUGCCCAGCCCGGUUAAAGUCAGGCGUUCAAAAUGAACGAGGCUCUCCGCAGUCAUGUCCAAUUGGUCUUCGGCAGACAUCCUGGCCAUAUGAGUCGCAGUCCUCCUUAAAAGCCAUCAAAUUCUGUUUAUAGAGGCUAUACAAUGCAUACAUCCGUU